AUGGCUGUCACCUCCUCGACCUCGAUGCCGCACGGCGCGCACCACCGGCGGGUGUGGUCGCUCAUCUGCUGCCGCAACCCCGCCACGCACUCGUUUUACGGCGACGACGCCGACACGGAGAGCAGCACGCGCGGCGAUGCGCGGCCGGCAGCAGCGGAAGCGGAGAAGCCGGCGGAACCGGCGCAGCAAGUGCGGGGAGACGUCGAUGGAACUUCGUUACUAUCACCGAAGGAAAUGGUGGAAGGUGCAGUUAGCGGGGGUGCGUCACGCGCUAAGUCGGCAGUAAGAGUUGGGACGUCAUGCGACACGCCGAUCGAUCAUGUAGCAGGAGCCGCGUCAUCAUCCGACCUGUCCAGUAGCGUAUCCACGUCAGCACCGCAUUCCGCGUUUAGCGCCGCGGGUUCCCCCUUUCGAGCAUCGUUAGGUUACAGAGAAUCUGCCGCAACAGUUGAUGCCACGCCUCCGCCGGAGAUUAUGGACAUGUGGAAGAACCUCGAAGCGCCGACAUCUCCUAAGAGCAGCUCCUCCGCGUCUCGUAAGAUGCGCGCCGCACAUUCCGCCGAGGCCUCGUUUCUUCCCUCGCACCGCGCGGCUGUGCGCGUGGAAGUUCCGCAUUCCCCGGCGAAUCUCUCGGACUCCGCCGUUUCGCCGACGAACUCCGACGCAAGCGUGCCAAGGACUCCGGGCGGCACUUAUUUGUCGUUUUCAAGCGCCCCCUCGCCCCGCACUUUGCAAUGCGCGUACUCGCUACAAACCGGCGCGCUUAUCAUCACGCCCAGCCCCUCCAAUUGGGCGGCUAUUGGCGGAAACGGCGGGGCGCGGGAGAGCGAGAGACCGCACACUUCGCCGGUGGGAACGCGGAAAACGGGGGUAAUUGUGGGGUGGGAGCAGGAGGCGCUGCGAUGGGAAGAGGCGGAGCAGCAGCGGUUGCGCAUGGAGGGGGAGGUGCGCGGAAUGGUUGCGCACCUCAUGGGGGAGCUGCGCGCGGUAAGGGGCGCGGCGCAACAGCUGGCGGAACCGGUUUGCGCGGAUGUGGCGGAAAGCUGCGGGGAGAAAGAAAUCGCGGGCGGCGGAGAGGGAAGAGCGGAAUGUGCGGGAGGCGCUGAAGAGUUGGCGGCGGUAUCGGCGGCAGCGCGUGCGGUUCGGCUGCUGGUGAAGAGCAGCGACGCGAAUCGCAGCAUCGUGGCGGCUGUGCCGGGCGCCAUCGGCGCGCUCGUGGAGGUGGCGGACGCGCUGCUGCUGGCGGAGAGCGCGCGGAUCCGGGGAGGUGAGGGGCGGAGAGCGCGGAGAGCAAGCGCGGCGGGCGAGGCGGAGAGUAGAAGCGAGCGCGAGGGAAGGAGCGAAGGGGAAAGGGCAGUGGAGGGGGCAGCGCGGGCUCUAGGUGGGGCGGAACGCGGAGAGGAGAGGUCGGGGACAGGAGGCGGGGAAAGCGCAGCAGCCUGCGGGGCGAUGGUGGCGGGUAAAGGGGAAGCGGAGGACGCUGAAACGGCGGAAUCGGCGGAGGCAGCAGAAGGGGAACGGCGAGAGGCGGUGGGCGCGAGCGUGCAGCAGGCGUGGACGCGGGAGGCGGUGGGUGCGGAGAGCGCGCGGAGGGAGAGCGCGCGGGAGGCGGUGGGGCACGCGGUGACAGCGCUGCUGAACCUGUCGCUGUCGCCCGCCACUCACGGCGCCCUGCUGGCGGAGGGCGCCGUGGACGCCCUCUCCCGCCUCGUGGCCCGCCCCUGCUGCCCUCAUGGUCAUGGCGGCACUGGUGAUGGCGGCACUGGUGGUGGCGGUAGUGGCGGUGGCAGCAGUGGUGCCAGCAGCACUGGUGGUGGUGAUGGAGAGGGGAGAAUGGGGGAUGGAGGGGCCUGCAUGGGAGAGGAGGGGGCGUGCAGGGGGGAUGAUGAGGGGACAGCGGGCUCAGGUGGAUUGCCAUCGGUGGUGUCACAGGAGGCACGGGAGAAUGCAGCAGCUGCUCUCUUCAUGCUCACCUCGUCGCCACUCCCACCCUCCCUCUCCUCUGCACACUCCACCUCUCUCUCCUCCUCCACCUCCUCUCUCACCGGCCCUUCCCUCUCCACCGCCCACCUUGCCCUCCUCUCCUCUUCCUUCCCCCAGCAAGAGCCAGCCCUCACUGGCAACCACCCCUCAAACCCCAACCCGACUGCUCCCGAUCCGCUCAGCACCGCUUUGAACCUCUUUGGAUGCGAUCCGGACGCAAUGCGGCGGCGGGUGGCAGCCACGGCAGGUGCAUUCGCCGGCCUGGUGCACAUGCUGCCGCCCUCGCCCGCCCGCUCCCUGCGCGGCCGCAAGGACGCCGCCCUCACGCUCUUCAACCUCUCCCUCUGCGCCGACCUCGUCCCCGCAAUCAUCGCGGCCGGCGCCGUUUGUCCUCUAGUGCGGAUGCUAGAGGAGGAGGAGGGGGGGAUGCGGCUGGGCCUGGAGGAGAAAGCAGUGGCAGUGCUGGCGAGGCUGGCGCAGGCCAAGGAGGGCAGCAGGCAGAUUCUUGCCGCCGGUGGUAUACCACCACUGGUGGAGCUGCUGGGGGCGAGCAGCACGGCUCUGGGGGCAUCUCCAUCCAUGGCUUCUCUGGCAGAGCUGAGUGCCGUGUCAGAGGAAGGGCCGGGUGGGGGAGGGGGAGGGACGGGAAAUGUGGGGAGUGGGGCAGGGGAGCAGCAGCGGUGGAGGAGGGUGCAGAAGGAUGUGGGGGCGGUGCUGGUGAGAGUGGUGGAGGAGGAGGGUGCACGGCAGGAGAUGCUGGAGGAGGGUGCGCUGCUGGUGCUGCGCAAGAUGAGGCACCGCGGGUCGUCGAGAGCUCGACUCACGGCUAACCAGUUGCUGGAUGCACUGCAAAGCAAGUCCACACAUUAG